UUGUCAAAUCUGUCAACUGCAAAAAGGCAGUUUGUUUUGGUUUGUGUGGCAAAGUAUUAUAGAGGAGUUUUCAUAAAAAAAAAAUUAAAUAAAAUCUCCAAAUUACUGCCAUAAAAAAUGGCGUCAGCUUCUGCAGGCUCGUCUUCAAGCAACAACGUUUCCGUCCAAGAAUUUUCCAUUCGCGUGCCAAAAAACAGCCAGAGAAGCUACCAUGUGAUGCGUUUUAAUGGAAACUUAGGGGUAGACUUUGGAAAAUGGACUCAGGUGAAAAUGGAAAGGGAAAACAACAUGAGGGAGUUCAAGGGUAUCGAGGAAGAUCAGCCCAAAUUUGGUGCAGGCUCAGAAUUUGGAAGAGAAGCAAAAGAAGAGGCUAGACGUAAAAAACUGGGCAUAAUUGCCAAAAAGUAUAGGCCAGAUGAUCAGCCGUGGAUUUUAAAAUGCUAUGGCAGCACAGUCAAAAAGUUUAAAGGUAUAAGAGAGGGGGGCAUCUCAGAAAACACCGCUUAUUAUGUAUUCACUCAUGCAGAAGAUGGGGCAAUUGAGGCAUUUCCUUUGCACGAAUGGUAUAAAUUCCAGUCAAUUCAAAGAUAUAAGGCACUUAGUGCUGAAGAGGCCGAGAUGGAGUUUAAUAAGAGAAAUAAGCAUUUGAAUUAUUUUUCUCUCAUGUUAAGGAAGAGACUGAAAGGUGAGGAUGAUGCUGAACUGGACGACGAAGGUGAAAAAGGAAAGAAAACUAGCAAAAAGAAGGACAAGGAGUUGAAAAUAUCUGAUAUGGAUGAAUGGAUGGACAGCUCGGAAGCUGAUUCGGACUCUGAGAGAGAAGAGAAGAAAGAGGAAGAGGAGGAGGAGGGAGGCGGCAAGGACAAGAAGAAGAAGAAAAAAGGAAAAAACCCUUUGAAGCCCAAAAAGAAGAGGGAUACAGACUUGGAGGCUGUAGAGGAUUCUGAUGAUGGCGACGAAGAGGGGAGAGAAGUGGAUUAUAUUAGUGACAGUAGUGAGAGCGAGCCAGAAAAUACAAAUCUCGAUGGAGUGGCUGAAGAAAAAGGUCUUAAGAAACUGCUGAACUCAGAUGAAGAGGAAUCCGAGGACUCUGAUAAGGAGGAUAAGGACAAAAAUGAGGAAGAAGAAAAAGAGGAGGAUGGGGAAAAGAAGCCUGAAGAAGAAAAGGAUAAAAAGAAGAAAAAAAAGAAGGACACUAAGACAAAAGACAAGAAGAAGAAGGAAAACGAUCCGGACGACGAUUUCAGCUCGGACAGUUCCACGGACGAGGAGGCGUCCGCUGCGGCGAAGAAAAAGACAAAAGGCGACAAAAAAGAGAAAGAGAAACCCGUCGAGGUUAAACCUCAGGAGCCCACAAGUGCGAACAGUAGUAGAGCCGGUACGCCCACCCAGGACGCCAAGAGGAAACUGAUCAACGAAGUUAUGGCCGGACCUAGUAAGAAACCGAAAUUGGAUUUGCCCAACUUUAUUCCUGGUCAAGCCGAGUCUGGUAUAACGGAAGAUUCGGUCCGGAAGUAUUUGAUGCGCAAACCGAUGACCACCACGGAACUCCUCCAAAAGUUCAAGUCGAAAAAAACCGGAUUAUCAAGCGAGCAACUGGUCAACAUCAUGACGCAGAUUCUAAAAAAAAUCAACCCGACCAAGCAGACCCUCAAAGGCAAAAUGUAUUUGUCCAUUAAACCCCAAUAGUCGUAAGUCUCAUUAUGAUGGUUAUUUAAAUAAAAGUCCGUUUGUUUUUUUUUA